AUCUUCUUGUCAUUAUCAGGUACCAAGAAACACAAACCCAUGGCUGAUGCUAACCUCACACUAGUGACUGAGUUCGUCCUUUUGGGACUGACAGAUCGUGCUGAGCUGAAGAUGUUCCUCUUUGUGUUGUUCCUAUUAAUCUACAGUGUUUCCUUGGUGGGAAAUCUCGGGAUGCUCUUCCUCAUACAAAUUACUCCCAAACUCCACACACCCAUGUAUCAUUUUCUUAGCUUUCUGUCAUUUGUUGAUGCUUGCUAUUCAUCCAUUUUUGCGCCCAAAAUGCUGCUGAACUUCUUUGUAGAACAGGAGACAAUCUCAUUUUCUGCUUGCAUUGUGCAGUAUUUUUUAUUUGUGGCACUCCUCACCACAGAAGGUUUCUUGCUGGCAGCAAUGGCUUAUGACCGGUACGUGGCCAUUGUGAACCCUUUGCUUUAUACAGUGGCUAUGACUAAGAUGGUUUGUGUAGUGCUCGUAUUGGGAUCAUGUGUGGGAGGUAUAAUCAACUCACUGACACACACAAUCGGCUUAACGAAACUGACUUUCUGUGGGCCGAAUGUUAUCAGUCACUUCUUCUGUGACCUUCCCCCUCUGCUAAAGCUCUCCUGUUCUGACACAUCCCUGAAUGAACUGCUGCUUUUAAUCUUCUCGGGUGUUAUUGCCAUCGUCACUUUCUUGACUGUAAUGAUCUCCUACAUCUUCAUUGUCGCUGCCAUCCUGAGGAUCCGCUCAGCAGCAGGGAGACACAAAGCCUUCUCCACCUGUGCCUCCCAUCUGACGGCAGUGACAUUGUUCUAUGGCUCCAUAAGCUUUAGUUACAUUCAACCAAGCUCCCAAUAUUCCUUAGAACAGGAAAAGGUGGUGUCUGUGUUUUACACCCUGGUGAUUCCUAUGUUAAACCCAUUGAUUUACAGCCUAAGAAACAAGGAAGUGAAGGAUGCUGUGAAAAGGACCGUAGAAAUGAGACCUUUUUCCUGCUGA